AUGAAGUCUCUAAGGCGUUCGUUGAACAAGGACUCUCACACACACUCGCCCGUGGUAUCUGCACCAGUACAGCUCCCCUCGCUGGGCAAACCGCUCCCGGCCACAGCCCCACCUCAAAAAGUGAUCCGGGCGUUACGUCCAUACCGCUCCAACGGCCCGCAAGAGCUGUCGUUCAGCAAGGGCGACUUUUUCUACGUAUCCAAAGAAGUGGGAGAGUGGUACGAAGCGCACAAUACUCUUACCGGAUCUCGCGGACUCGUUCCGCGCUCACACUUUGAAGAGUUCUCAAGCACAAGUGGCGGCCAACCCUCAAGGCUGUCUGCGCCAGGACCUGGUAGUGCACCCAUGGUUGGUCCUAUUUCCCCUCCGCUCUCCACCGCCACUGCCCCCGCAGGCUCGAAACCAAUCGCACGAGCACCGGCACCGCCCAGGCUACGGACGUUUUAUGCGAUUGUCCAAUACGACUUUACGGCCGAGCGACCAGACGAGUUGGAUGCACGUGCCGGCGAACCGCUCACCGUUGUCGCCCAGUCGAACCGAGAAUGGUUCGUGGCCAAGCCGAUCGGACGACUGGGGGGAGCAGGCCUCAUUCCCGCGGCCUUUGUCGAGAUCCGGGACCCCACGACGGGCAAACCGAUCGAGGAUGUGGACAAGUUGAUUGAAAGGGGUGAGCUUCCCCGCGUUGAAGAAUGGAAACGGCGCACGAGCGAGUACAAGGCGAGCAGCAUUCCUCUCGGUGUGCUCGACGAUCCCGUCCCCCCUGUUCCUGCCCAUGGAAACGGCAUGUCCGACCAGUCCACCCCUCCUGGGCUCGAUCCGUCCAGCGGUGCUUCGUCUCUCGAAGGAGAGUCGCGCCAAUCUCAGGAGAUUAUGCUUCUUCCUACAGGACAGCUCGUUUACGCAUCGGUUCCCUCAUUCCAUUUCGAGAAUAAGGAAUAUUGGUUCCGCAUCAACGCACGCUAUGCUCCUUACCCCCCACACGAUCGCGCACCCUCACCGCCAGAACGAGACUUGGUUCUCUACCGUGUAUACGACGAUUUCUACGACUUUCAGAUUGCAUUGCUCGAUGCCCUCCCGGUCGAAGCCGGACGCGAGAUGCCCGACGGAACGCCCAUCCCUCCUCCAGAACCCAACAUGCCCCCUCCAGAUAGGUUGCUGCCUUACAUGCCUGGCCCACUCGGAUACGUCGACGACUCGAUCACGACUAUCCGAUGCAAAGAGCUCGACGAGUACGUUGCCAAUCUGUGCGACCUUGCGUCCCGCGGUGGCGCCCACGUCCUCGGCCACGCGCUCGUCCGCAAGUUUUUCUCUCCCCGGCCGGGCGAUAUUAUGGACGAAAUGGCGGUCGAACCCGGGCAGGCCCAGGCUUAUGGGAUGGCGGCCGGGAGCGAUGCGCAGACGGCAACGCAGCAGCAACAGGACCAUGGGGACGAUCUCGCAGACCAGUUCUCGCAAAUGGACGUGCGAACGCAUUCCCGCUCCCACUCGCGUGCGCAGAGCCAGAGCCAACAAAGCCAUACGUAUAGUCACAGCCGGAGCCAGAGCCAAGCUGGACGGUAUUCCGAGUAUGAAGGGACGAACGGGGCGAACGGUCAGUUGAUGUCUCCGCCGUUGCCUACAGCUUCGUCGGGAGGUGGGGGGUCAGGUCCCAAUCCGGCGUUUAUCAAGGUGAAGAUUUUCAGUCGGUCGACGGACGAUUUGAUUGCUAUUCGUGUUCCGCCGAAUGUGACGCAUCGGCAGUUGAUGAACAAGGUCCGAGAACGACUGGAUCGAGACGUGGCGAAGCUUUCGUACCGAGACAGCCUCCGCGGGCGCGGAGAAGAAGGAUUCAUAGAGCUCGUAGGAGACGAGGCGCUCCGAGAAUGGAUACGCGCCUCGGACAAGUUGGUGCUCUUCGCCGACUAA